AUGGCGGAACCAAACCCCCAAGCCGGUGACACAGGCCCACCAAAGGGAAUACCUGCUUUGAAAGCUCAUGUUAUAGAAAAUAAAAUAUAUGUGGCACUAUGGGGAACUCGUAUUUUGACCAUAUUGUUCACAUUUGGAUAUGUCAUUCCUAUAUUUACAAACUCAACAUCAGCAUUCUACAAGGCGUUGUUAGCGAAUGCAGCAACGUCAGCGUUGAGACUGCACCAGCGGAUUCCACCUUCGGAGAUAAGGUUCUCGCAGGAGUUCCUCAACAGGUUCUUCUUGGAAGACAGCGCUCACUAUCUCUUCUAUUCGCUGAUAUUCAUGAACGUUGCGCCGAACUUAUUAAUUUUGACGCCAAUUUUCUUGUUCGCGAUGCUGCACGCCGCCUCGUAUUCACUCACAAUAUUGGAUACUUUGGGCCAAAAUUCCAUGUGGGUGGCUCGCCUGCUCAUUUCUUUAGUGGAAUUACAAUCGCGGAAUAUUUUACGCGCGGCUGCUUUGGCUGAAAUCUCUCUAUUCCCACUGGUGGCCAUCAUGGCACUUUUCGGUUACAGCGGUCUGCUAACACCAUUCAUGUACUAUUACUUCGUGUUAUGGCGAUACGCCUCCCGCCGUAACCCAUACACCCGUAACACAUUCAGAGAGUUACGUUCAGUUGCCGAGAGGGUGGCUAACAAGGAAAGUCUACCCUCUCCACUGAAGUCUGGAUUGCACUCCGCUAUCAGAGUUGUGUGUAUGAUGGCGCCGAGGGUGGAAGUUCAGGAGUGA